AUGCAAAACACGGAUGUUCUCGAGCGCGACGAGAGCACCCACCACCGCAGUAACGGCCUCGCCGCGCAGCCACCCAGCGACGGGAAUGCUCACGACGCCACCUGCACCAACGGCCAGCCUUUCGCCGACGAUGCGCCCACCGAUCGUUCCGCCACGCCUGGCGGAGGCCCGCCCAGCAAGCGCCGCAAGCUCGACGACUCGAGCAGGCCAUCGCGUCCGCCUUCGCCGCCGUGGAAGCGCAUCGAGGCCGACGGCCCAACAUCUUUCAUGGUUGACGGCAAGCGUCGCUCCGGCCGCAUGAAUGCCCUGCCCGUCGAGCAGUCGCCACAGCCCGACGCGCGCCGGUCGUCCCGCCGCGCGCUGCAGAAGUCGACGUCGACCAGCAACCUUACCAAGACUGCAGGCUCUCAGACCGCCCGCAAGGCUGCCGCAUCCCCCGCUCCCAAAUCACUGAAGCCGCAGCACCAAGCCAAGUCUUCCGCCGCCCAAUCGCCCGCCCACAAGACACCUGCUCGCAGAUCGAGAGCCGCCGAGUCCACGCCUGCACGUACGCCGCAAGCCGCCAAUCCUACACAUGGGAGCUCCCGCCGAGCACGUGCUGAGGCAAACUCGACGCCGAAUGGCGUGCCGCGGAGGAAAUCAGGCCGCAUAAGCGAAGCACAGAGUGCUGCCGAGGCAAAUGCUUCUCAAAAUGGCUAUUCACGCUCCCACAGCGACGCUUCGCCGCGUGCGCAGCGCCCAAAGAUCGACCUAACCGGUCCCAUCGAACUUCCCUACCUGCACCCUCUCCACGCGCAGCCCGGAGAUGAGAAUUCUUCGUUUGCUCGCUGGCUCGAACAGGAUGACCCUCUGGCGGGCGAGGAUCUUAAGAAGCUCACACCGGAGGAAGCGAAGGAAGAGGCCUUGCUGAGGCUGCGGAUACUCGAUGCUGCGGAGCCAGGGGGCGUGCUAAGUGAAGAGCGGUGCUCCAAGUAUGCCAUUGAGGCGGAGGAAGAACCGCCGCCUCGGUAUGGGCCUUGGGACCAUAUCGCCGCUCACGCAUGCCAUUUCCGUAAGCUGCUCAUGAAGGAGCACAGAGAGCACGUACAGACUGCUCGAAGGCUGGCUCACGAGUGUGCUGAGGCUUGGCGGGCGCGGGAGGAUGCGAAACAAGCGAGGCUCAAGGCAGAGAGACCAAAGACGAAGGAGGAGCUCGAGGAAGAAGAGAAGGAGGAUGCGGGAAAGCGCUACAGGCAGCUUGUGAGGGAUAUGCAACAGACCUGGGUGUUGGUGAAGGCAGAGGUAGACAAGAGGCGGCAAGACCGGUGGCUGGAAGAGCAGGAGAAGCUGGGUAAGCAGACGAUGAAGUCGUUGCUGCACCAGUCUACUGCUUUGCUCAAGGAGAGAAGAAACAUGGCUGGCUCUAUGCAGAGCAGUGACGAUGAGGAUGACUUUGAAUCUUUCAUGGACGAGGAUGACGAGGAGGAUGGGGAGACUGAAAGCCGAAUGGCAAGUACUAGACCAGCGUCCAGUAUGGCGGGUAAGGAAGACGUUACUGAAAGGGGGGAAACGGAAAUGGACUCGGAGAACAUGUCGAGCGACGAAAGUGAAGAGGACCCUCUCCCUGACGAUGAUGACGCCAAUCUUACACAAGAACAACUUCGGGAGAAAUAUGCGAAGCUUCAACUACCGGAUCUGCCUUCGUCUGAUGAGGACGAGGAUGAAGAUGACGAGGACGAAGAGGAUGAUGACGACGGACCAGGCUUGGCUAGCCUUCUCACGAAUGGCCAUGUGGAUAAGUCUGACGAGUCGCCGGCGUUAGACUCUGUUAUGAACGAAUCCAAAGCAAAUGGCAUCGAUCCUGCGAACAUUCAGUUGGAGGAAGUCGACGAGAUUCUAAUGGAUGACGAAGAUGAUGAUUCGGAUAUGAACAUGGAUUCUGACAGCGAUGAGGGCAGCGCAACAGAGCCGGACGACGAGGAUGGGGAGGAGAGCGAAGAAGAUGAGGACGAAGGCCUGGGCACGUGGGGCUUCCUUUCCGCUCAAGAAAUAUCAGACUUGAAAAAGAAGGCCGCCGAGCAAGUGGAUGACACAGCGGAGCCGGCGCCAUCAGACGAGGAAGGGACACCUCCCCCAGAAGAAGAUCCGGAAUUGAUGGAGGAUGCCACCUCUGGACCUCUAGAGAAUGGCCACAUUGAAGAACCUAACGGGACCACGCUGGAUCAGGAACAUGCAACGAUUACCCCUACAAAUGGAGUAUCCGAAAACAAGUCCCCCCGGAAGGAAAUGGACGUUUCAGAUUCUAUGGAGGAUGUGCAGCAAUCUGGAGAAGACAAGGAAGAAAAUGCCGAGGAGGUCGAUGAAAUUGUCGAAUCGGCAUCAACACUUCGAACGCCAGUUCCGGCUCUAUUCCGUGGGAAGCUACGUCCUUAUCAGCACGAGGGUUUGGACUGGCUUGCUGGACUUUACGAUGGAGACACCAACGGUAUUCUUGCCGAUGAGAUGGGUUUAGGAAAGACGAUCCAAACAAUUGCGUUGCUUGCUCAUCUUGCAGUUGAAAAGGAGGUCUGGGGUCCGCAUCUUGUCGUUGUCCCCACCAGUGUCAUGCUGAACUGGGAGAUGGAGUUCAAAAAGUUCUGUCCUGGAUUCAAAGUUCUCGCAUAUUACGGAUCCAUCGAGGAACGCAGGCGCAAACGUCAAGGCUGGAUGAAUGACGACAUGUGGAACGUCGUAAUCACUUCUUACCAGUUGAUUCUUCAUGACGCCGCGGCGUUCAAGAAGCGCAGCUGGCAUUAUCUGAUCCUAGAUGAGGCCCACAACAUCAAAAACUUCCAGACCCAGCGUUGGCAAACACUGCUCACCUUCAAAACCUCCAAGCGCCUUCUUCUUACUGGUACGCCGCUUCAAAACAACCUGCAAGAGCUUUGGUCCCUGCUCUUCUUCCUCAUGCCCUCCGGAGAUGACGGGCAUGGUGGGUUCGCAGCGUUGAGUAAUUUCACCACCGCGCUUGCCCGUCCCGCCAAUCAGAUCCUCGAUCAAGGGAGACAAGAACUCGACGCAGAAGCGCAGGCUACGGUCAAGCAGCUGCACGAGGUUUUGCGCCCUUACCUGCUGAGGAGAUUGAAGGCAGACGUUGAAAAGCAAAUGCCAGGCAAGUAUGAACACGUCGUGUACUGCCGUCUUUCAAAGAGACAGAGGCAGCUCUAUGACGGGUUCAUGAGCAGAGCGGACACGCGGCAGGUCCUCGCUGGUGGGAACUACAUGUCCAUCAUGAACUGCUUAAUGUCUCUCCGCAAAGUCUGCAACCACCCUGAUCUGUUCGAGACGAGGCAGAUUGUCACGUCUUUUGCGAUGCAUAAGUCUGUCGUAGCCGAGUUUGAGAUCAAGGAUCUGCUUGUGCGCAGGCGAUUCUUAAAGGAGGAGGAGGAAAAGUUGGAUUUCGACUACCUUAAUCUCGACUUUGUCCGGAACGAGAGCACGUCGGCCAUCCAGAGUCGGCGUAUCCAAGCGAUCCAGGCUAUACGGCCCUUCGAGGGGCUCAUCGAGCGACAGACCCGCCGUCUGAAGCCUGCUAGCCGAGUUGAUGGGAGAACAGUCGCCUCUAUUUCAAGCCAUCUCGAGGAAGAGUCAAACAGAUCCAUCUUGGACCAUCUCCAAAAUUGUCUCCGUGUCACGCGUCAACGCGCACAGCGGAAGCCGAUCUACGGACGUGGGUUAAUCGAACAGCUGAUCAUCAAUGAUUCUCCACAGCAAAUUAUCGCAUCAAGAGGCCCCAAAAAGAAGCAGAACUACGGCGAUUGGUACAUGAACACGCACUCGAUGUGGCAGGAUAUAGUGCCUACGCUGGAGGAACGCUCUGAAUCCUACAGAUCCACGAUUCAAAAGUUCAGUUGCGUCACUCCCGCGGUCGUUGCGAACGAUCUGCCUAGUUUGGCCCUUGGCGAGGAGCGUGUGGCCAUGAUUCGCAGCACUCAGCCAGUGAGCAAACCUGACCCAUUCCAUGAGUCCCGCGUCCGGCUGUCCAUCGCCUUCCCAGACAAGCGUCUCCUCCAAUACGACUGCGGAAAGCUUCAACGGUUGGCAAAGCUCUUGCGAGACUUGCAAGCCGGUGGCCAUCGAGCGCUUAUCUUCACUCAGAUGACGAAGGUGCUUGACAUUUUGGAACAGUUCCUCAACAUCCACGGCCAUCGCUACCUCCGUCUCGAUGGUGCAACGAAGAUUGAGCAACGUCAGAUUCUCACCGACCGGUUCAACAACGACCCCAGGAUCCUUUGCUUCAUCCUCUCUUCACGCUCUGGCGGUCUCGGAAUCAACUUGACUGGCGCUGACACAGUCAUAUUCUACGAUCUCGACUGGAAUCCUGCAAUGGACAAGCAGUGCCAGGAUCGGUGCCACAGAAUCGGCCAGACGCGCGAUGUGCAUAUCUACAGGUUUGUCUCAGAAUACACGAUUGAGGCAAACAUCCUCCGGAAAUCAAACCAAAAGAGACUGCUUGAUGACGUCAUCAUCCAGAAAGGCGACUUUACAACAGACUACUUCAACCGCCUUACGUACAAGGAUGCAUUCGACGAGAUCCCGGAAGCAGAUGACGAAGAAGCCAACGCUGCCAUGGACAGAGUCUUAGGAAACAUUGGUGCGCCUGAUUCCUCGGGCAUUGCUCCCGUCCUUGAAGGCAUUGAGGAUAAGGAGGACACGGACGCAGCCAAGGCUGCGCAAAAAGAGAUCGUGCAUGAAGUACACAUCGACGACGCGGACUUUGACGAGAAUGCUUCUCGGCCUAGCGCGACGCCAAAAACGUCUGUUCCGCCUACGCCUGCUCCGGGCGACGAGGGCGAUCCGGAUGAAUUGCCGCAUGUCGACGAGUACAUGAUCAGACUUUGGGAAUGGGAGAUGAGGGAUGUGCCAUUGGGCCCGCCGCCUGACAAGAGGCGCCGCAAGAGCAGGAAAGGACAGGAGCAUCGCGUUCGUCGAAGGAGAUGA